AACAGGUCCGACGCUCGACGUCAUCCACAACGGCGACAAGCUCCCCUUUUCGCCGUCUCGACAUCUCAUUCAACGACAAGGGGCUCCCCCUCGCUGUCUCGUCUCUUCAACACGGUUGCUUUCUCACAGCAAUUCAGUUCCCGAACUUUCUCCUCCGGCAACACCAUCCGCAUUUCAUCUCCACUACGUUUUUUCUCUCGCUUUCACUCCACUGAAAUCUCUGUCUUGCUGCAUUCAACAUUAUUUUGAUACCCCUCAAGCUAUCACGACCUCCUAGAGAUAAUUUAACGACUCACUUAACGAACUCUAACGUGCAUCACGACUCUAGGCAAUCAUGGUCAGUUGAUUUUCUCAUGUUGAUGCAAUCGCGCAAAGAAGACCAGCGGAAGUUAUCGUGCGGGAAACGCUUGGAGAUAUUUGCUUAUGAGAGUUUCAAACGGCUUACUCUGACGCAUGCUUUCCUCACAAGUGGGGCCUCCCACGUGUGCUGCUAGUGUGCGGCCGUUCGCAACGACCAGACAGUCGACGACACGGGAGCGAGGUUUUCUCCCUGACCUGCGCGUAACUAUGGCUGGCUCGCGAUUGUUAAAGAAAGCCAGUCGGCCUGACAAUGGCCACGACUUACAGCCCAGAGUACUGACGAAGUCACCUUCCCCUGUACAGCAACAUGAUCGCAAACCACGGCUCAACGAGCCUAACCCGAUACCCAGCAGCAAUCCUGCUAGCCAGUACACGCUCCUUGAGAAGCUCGGCACGGGAAGCUUCGGAACUGUAUAUAAAGCCAUGCAUAAUGAAUCCAAGCAGAUUGUAGCAAUCAAGCAAAUCGAUCUGGAAGACUCGGACGAUGACAUCUCGGAGAUACAGCAAGAAAUUGCCAACCUCGCACAAUGCGAAUCCGAAUACGUCACUCGAUAUUAUGGCUCGUUCGUCGUGGCAUACAAGCUCUGGAUAGUCAUGGAGUAUCUUUCAGGAGGUUCUUGUCUCGACCUUUUGAAGCCGGGUGUCUUCACGGAGGCCCAUAUAGCCGUCAUCUGCAGGGAACUCCUCCUAGGAUUGGACUAUCUCCACAGUGAAGGGACCAUUCACCGUGAUAUAAAAGCGGCGAAUGUACUUCUGUCAGCGUCGGGCAAAGUCAAGCUAGCCGACUUUGGUGUGGCGGCACAGUUAACAAACACUUUGAGGCACACCUUUGUAGGUACGCCAUUUUGGAUGGCGCCGGAGGUUAUCAGGCAGGCCGGAUACGAUGCUAAAGCUGAUAUUUGGAGUUUGGGCAUUACUGCCAUUGAGAUGGCGAAGGGAGAGCCUCCUUUAGCCGAGUACCAUCCCAUGCGUGUCCUCUUCUUGAUCCCAAAGGCAAAACCGCCCACACUUGAGGGACCUUUCUCUCCUGCCUUCAAGGACUUUGUGUCACAAUGCUUGACAAAAGAGCCAGGAGACCGACUCACAACGAAGCAACUGCUGCAACAUAGGUUCAUAAAGGCUGCGAAGAAGACUUCGUACUUGACGGAGCUCAUUGAGCGUUAUCAAGACUACCGUGCGCGCUCGCCUGGUCGUCAGCCACAGAUGUACCAAGCUACGGUUCGUAAUAGCGUCGCAUGGGACGGAACCCUUCGCAGUGACUGGAAUUUCGACACUAUUCGCACGACUUCUGCUAUGGGCUCGUUCCGAAGUAUGGCUAAGGACUUGGCAGGCCUAGCACCGGAGGAGGGUGAGUAUAGCGAAGAGGAGCGAUCGUUAUAUGACGUCCCGGAGUCCAUAGACACGAGCGGUGCGACGAAGGGCAGCGACCUUCAGACGUCCGGUAUUGGAGCCAUUGCAAUGAACUCGCAAGCAGGACAUUCGACUGUAGUCAUUCGUCCCGUAGCCAGUCCAUCCCCCGUGGAGAAGGGCAUUCCUGAACUUUUAGCUGAAACUGUGUCUGGGGAAACGGAGGGGUCUAGUGGACCCUCUACCCUUCCCCAAGAAUCCUCAAGCGACGCUACCGAACCCCCACCUGCAUAUUCGGGUUCUGUUCGCUCUUCGAGACGGUCAUCAUAUGCCGCUCGACAUAACCUGGCUUCUGGUACCAUUUUGGGUGAAGCCGACUUGGGCACUGGGGUGGAUACCAUCCGGCCAGUGAAGAAAGUCGACACUGUGCGUUCUUUGAGGUUGUCUUCAGAAUACGUGGGGAGUAUCAGGAGUAGAGAAAGUGGUGGGUCUUCACCGAGCUCACCCACGUCUCCCGGUACGAGUGGGUCUGGUAGAGCGCAUAGACGGUCUUCGAGUGAGAUGGCGAAAGCUGGAAAGACGAUGGUGGAUGAGGUAUUACUGCCUAUAUUUGAACGGUCGACGAGAGAUGAUAUGGACGCUCGUGAGAUAGAGUCAUUGAGCAUGUUAUCUCGGGGAUUCCAAGAACUACGGGACGUCAACCCGGAACUUGCGUAUAAUGUCAUUCUUGAUAUCCUAAGCGGCAUAAACGAGAACUCGCAAGUCCGACAACACGUACAAACAGCUCGCAGUCUCUUCCCUCACAAACGCAUCAUCCGUCGUAGCGAGAUGACAGCCAAAGGUCUCAUCGUCACCGAGGAAGAAGAAAUCUCAGGUCUACCCGCUUCCUCAUCUGGCCCUGCACCGUCAAUUGCAUCCGACGACCCAUCGGCGCGCAAAUCGCCGAUUGCUGAGUUGCUAUAUAUGAGGUGGUUAGAUGGUCUCAAGUUGAAAUGGCCGAGUGUAUUCUAGGCAUUUCAUAUUCACUAUUGGGGUGAUCGUGUGUGUGUGACGUUAUUUAUGUGUACUCAACUCGCUUUCCUCUCUGUUGCUCCUGCGGACGUUUCUCCUUCCGUGCUCUGUCUCUUUGGGGUUCUUUGCUUUUCUCGCCUCAUGAACAUAUGUCUUCUUCGGACUGCUUUCGCUCCCUUGGUUCAUCUCUUCUCUCAUUCCUGCCUUGCCGUCAUUUCUUGUUUGCCGUCAUUACACGUUGUCCUUUGUCUUUCUUUCAAAGUUCUCGAGCUGGUAUAUUUGCUCUUACACAGUUGCUUAACGACCCAAUCACGAUAUUAGCUUCCAUGUCUUAUCAUGUCCCAAUGUUGAUGUCUGUGCUUACUUUAUCUUCUCCCUGUGUAUUUAGCUCCACUGCGCUCUCAACAUUUUCAUUGUUGUUGGAGCUGGACCCUGGUGGAUGUUCUACAUUCAACAUGGAAUGCUAUCACCCCCAGGUACGAUUUUAUUGUGCCAGGAAUGAAGACGUCAAUAUUUCCCCGGUCCAGGAACGAAUACCCCCCAGACAGAUAUUCGCACAGGUUGCAAGACCGGAGUUGGGAGCUAGGGGGCAUUCGAAGAUCGCACUACAGCAAAUGAUAGGUAUAUUAACGAGUC